AUGGAAGGGGACAACCUCACCCAGGUCUCUGAGUUCCUCCUCUUGGGCCUCUCAGAGGACCCCAAGCAGCAGCGGCUGCUCUUCAUACUCUUUCUGAGUAUGUACCUGGUCACGGGGCUGGGAAACCUGCUCAUCACCCUGGCCAUCGUCACCGACAUCCGACUCCACACUCCCAUGUACUUCUUCCUGGCCAACUUGGCCUUUGUGGACAUUUGCUUCACCUCCACCACCAUCCCCAAGAUGCUGGCCAACCAUGUCACAGGACACAAAGGAAUCUCUUAUGCUGGGUGCCUGACACAGAUGUUCUUCUUCAUCUGGUUCAUCUGUAUUGACAGCUUCCUGUUGGCUGCCAUGGCCUAUGACCGCUAUGCUGCCAUCUGUCACCCCUUACACUAUGCAACAUCUGUGACACCACAGCUGUGUAUUCUCCUGGUGGCAGCAUCCUGGGCUGCAGCCUUGGGGAAUUCCCUGACCCAUACGCUAUCACUGACCCGCCUUUCAUUUUGCACCAACAACCAGGUUCCAAACUUCUUCUGUGACCUAAGCGCUAUGCUGAAGCUGGCCUGCUCUGACACCUUUUUCAACUAUGCAAUGGUGAACACCGUGGGUACUCUUCCCCUAUUUUUCCCCUUUGUGGGCAUCCUGGUCUCCUACAUGCGCAUCUUUGCUGCUGUGAUGAGGAUCCCAUCCACAAAAGGCAAGUGGAAGGCUUUCUCCACCUGUGGCUCUCAUCUCUCUGUGGUGUCCCUGUUUUAUGGGACACUCAUUGGGGUUUAUUUCAACCCCACAUCCUCCCACACGGCCCAGAAGGACACAGCUGCAGCAGUGAUGUACACUGUGGUCACUCCCAUGCUGAACCCAUUUAUCUAUAGCAUUCGCAACAAUGACAUGAAAGGUGCUUUGGGAGCCCUCAUCAACAAGAAGUCAUUUUCUUCUCGGUGA